UGCGAUGCCUUUGAUUUGCCUGCGGGUGCUCAGUCCCUCGUCGUCAAGUCCAACCCGAUUGGCCCGGCGGCUGCAACCCUGCUCGCCGGCGUUCUGAAGCUCAGCCAGACGCUGACCACCCUCGACCUCUCCUCCAGUGGCAUUUGCCAGGUGACCGACUACGUCGACGCAACCAAAGUCUCGGGUGAGUCGAAGGAGGUUGGUGCCGAGGUCGUCUACCAGGGCCGCGAGCUGAUUGUGUCCGAGGCGAAGGACUUCACUGAGAAAAGGGAAGUCACCGUCGAGACAACCGUCGAAGUGAAGGACGUUGUCGUGUCCAAACUAAGGUUGGCCGACGUCACUGGCGUGCUUGCGAUUGCCAAGGGCCUCACAGCCAGCCGCUCGCUGAUCACGGUCAACCUCCUCGGCAACAGCAUUCCCCUCGUGGCGGCUCAGCAGCUCGUGGCUGUCUUCAAGCAGCACCAGACUCUGCAAACGCUCUGCGGGUUUCAGCCCGGCCAGUCGGAGGCCGAUCUCUCAGGGUCGGAGCUCAGACCGGCCGACGGCAUCCUCAUCGCCGCCGAUCUUCGUUUCAACCGUUCGCUGCUUAACCUACGCCUCGGCGGCAACGAGCUCGCCGACGAGGGCGCCGCUGCUCUCGCCGAGGCGCUCAAGUGCAACAAGAUGCUGGCCACUCUCGACCUCAGCGGCAAUGAGCUUGGCCCCAACGGCGCCGCCGCAUUCGCCAGGGCUCUCGCCGUGAACUCUACUUUGUCCUACCUCGACGUGAGCUCCAACUCGAUCACCGAUUCGGGCAUGCGAAACAUUGGCGCGUCGCUCCUCAGCAGCAGCGCGAGCAAGCUGGGAGCCCUCAAGUGCGAUGCCUUUGAUUUGCCUGCGGGUGCUCAGUCCCUCGUCGUCAAGUCCAACCCGAUUGGCCCGGCGGCUGCAACCCUGCUCGCCGGCGUUCUGAAGCUCAGCCAGACGCUGACCACCCUCGACCUCUCCUCCAGUGGCAUUUGCCAGGUGACCGACUACGUCGACGCAACUAAGG